AUGUCCACCGACGCAGCCCUCUACGAAGACUCCUUCCAAAUCACCACCGUGCUGGACCAAACGUACGACCGUGUGGCGCGCAUCAUGGGCCUGACCGCCUCCUCCGACACCAGCCUGACGCUCGACAUCAACAGCGAGCUCUUCCCCGUGGCCACAGGGGAGCAAGUGACGAUGCUGAUCGCGACGACGCUGAAUCUCGACGGCACCAAGGACGAGCGCGGGUGGCGGGAUAAGGGGAAUGAGGAGACGCUGGCGAGUUUGUGGGAUUAUGUUUGCUAUGGGAAGGUUUAUCGGCAUCAUGAUCCGGGGGAUGGGGCGAAUAUUAAGGUGUAUGUGUCGUUUGGGGGGUUGCUGUUGCUGCUUGAUGGGCCGUACAAGAAACUUUCGCCGCUGCGGCAGGAUUACGUCUACAUGCUGUUGAAGAGAUGA